UUGUUUUGAAUGUUGGAUUUAACUUUGAGGAUUCAGGAGAGAAUUUUGGGAGAAUUGUAUGCUAAAGGUCGCGGUUUUGAAUCUCGUUUUGCUGUUGUUGUUUGAAUGGUUUGUGCUGCGCUAGAGAAACCCCAGGCUAGAGACCACCGUAGACUGUGGAUGCAAUUCUAUGGUUUUGACUUGUUUAUGGUUUAAGAAUAUUUUAUUGUUUCGGAUUUCUUGAUUGUAAUUCAACUGCCAUUCUCGAAAAAUUUGGAAUUUUAGAUGACUGUUUAUUUUUAUUUCUUAAAUUACCGUUGCCGGUGAGUGUUACUGUUUCGGCUUAAAUGACGGGUCUAAGUGGCAUCUUUUCUGCGAUUUGCGCUUCGCUCUGUCAGAUGGAGUAGGGCACACCCUAACAGUUGUGUAUUGCAAAUUUGCAGUCGGGGCUCCACAAUGAAAACUACGAUGCUGUAAUACCCGAGUCUCAUUUUUUUAAGGAUAGAUGACUUGAAAGAAAUUUUUUUCCUCAGCUAGCUUGAUCCUGUUUUUUUAAUUAGAUUUCAAUACUUUAUCAUGUCUACAUGAAAUUUGAACUUGGCACCGCCCUCUGAGAACCAGGACUCUGAAUUCUUUCAGCUUCAGUACAUUCAACUCGUGAUGGAUGAUUUACAAUCCAGUGCUUUUCCAUGAUUCUUUGGAAGUGGAAAAAUGUUGCAUGAAACACAUUUCUUACAUGAAACAGACUGGAAUUUUUAUUUUAUGGAUACUUCUUCAAAAGUAAUUGAGCACUCUGAGAACAUAAUAGUCACUGCCAAUCCAAUAGAUAGCUGCAAAACUGAACUGGAUAUGUCUUCCAUCUGUAAACCUGUUGCAGAUGUUGAUGCAUCAACAUUUGCAAAUCAGAGUAAUGGUGGUGGCUGUGGUAUAACUAACUUGGAAACUUCUUCAUUUAGAAAAUCCAAAGACAAUUACCAGCCAAACGAUGAUUGUGAAUCCAGCAUAGAUAAUGAAUUUACCAAUGCUAUGGUAAAUGACAGUCAGGCAAGCUUGAAGCUGGCAGAUGUGUCAGAAUUUGAAGCUCAUACAACAUUUCUUUGCCAAGACAUUAAAGAAGAAUCAAAUGUGUUGUCCCCUUCUACCACUUGGAAACCUGAUUCUCCGAGAAAAACAAUUGCUGCUUGUGGUGAUAUUGUGUCUGAAACUGGAACAUGCAUUUCUUGUUCAGCACAGAAUGCUGGGAAUAUUGUCAGAGACAUCCCUGUCUAUGAUGGGACAACUUCAAAGGACAAACUUUCUAUAGUUUCUGGUUGUUCUGUUGUUACAGAGAAAAUGCCAAACUUCAAAACUUCGGUUGAAAAUGAAAUGAAUUGUCAUGAGGAUGUUUUUGAAACCACGUUAAAAAUGAUAGAAGUGAAGGAUGAGAAAAAUAUUUCUGAAGGGCCAGGGGUAUCUGUUGUUGAAGGACUUGGAGAGGAAAGAUUAGCUCAAUUACAUCAAGAUGAUAAGCUUAUCCUGGAGGAUUCAUUUAUUUUACAUACCUCAAGUUUUGAAGAAAAGCAUGUCUCUAACCCUAAUGAUUUGGCAGACAAUGUUAAACACAGGGACACUGGAUCUAGAUCAGAUGAUUGCAUCAAUGAAUCUUCUGGUUCGCCUUUGGAUAAAAUGGAAAAUAUUCUGAAAAAUCCAGAAAAGGAUGGUGAUGGAGAUAGAGAAUCAGGUUCUUUCUCUACUUAUCAGAAAGAAAUCAACUUAACAGUUCCAGUGAGGACUUCUCAAAAGGAAAGUGUAUGUGAUUCAAAAUCAGAAAACAACUUAACAAUUCCAGUGAGAAUAUCACAAAAUGAAAGUGUACAUGAUUCAAAAUCUCAUGCAGAAUGUUUGGAUGUAAGGUUAGAAUCUUCGAGUGAAAGUACACUCUGCAAGGAGGACAAUCGUGUUGAAACAGUCCAAUUUUCUGGGGAUGAUGAAAGUAGAGUGCAUCCAUCAGACUCUGAAACUAGAUCAGAUGAAUAUAUUACAUCUCAUGACAUUCAUCCUGGUGAAAACUGUAGAAUAGAAUCUGAUGAAAGUCAUUCAUUUGAAGUAUCUAUUCUGAAUGAUCAAAAUAGCAAGGACAGGAAUGCGUUUCCUAAUAGUGAUGCAUUGAAUGGGGACAAAACAGGUAUAAACCCAUAUGUAGAAGUUGACAACUCUCUGUCACAAGGGAGGCCUUUCUUGAUUUCAGAAAAGGAUGGUGAUGGAGAUAGAGAAUCAGGUUCUUUCUCUAAUUAUCAGAAAGAAACCAACUUAACAAUUCCAGUUGGGAUUUCUCAAAAGGAAAGCGCACAUGAUUCAAAAUCUAAUGCAGAAUGUUUGGAUGUAAGGUUAGAAUCUUCAAGCAAAAGUACUCUCUGCAAAGAGGACAAUCAUGUUGAAACAGUCACGAUGGUGCAAUUUUCUGGGGAUGAUGAAAGUAGGGUGCAUCCAUCAAACUCUGCAACAAGAUCAGAUGAAUAUUUUGCAUCUCAUGACAUCCAUCCAGGUGAAAACUGUAGAGUAGUAUCUGAUAAAAGCCAGACAUUUGAAGUAUCUACUCUGAAUGAUCAAAAUAGCAAGGACAGGGAUUUUGCUUCUGUAGAGUUUACUGAUGGAACAACAGUUAACUUGUCCUCAGCAAAUAAAGAUUUUGAUGCAGAUGACCUCGUUUCAAAGGGCUGCUCUCAAGGCCUAACAAGUUUUCUUGUGCCUGAAAGAAUUGGCAAUUUGCACGAUAGCUUUUCAAGUAGCCAUGGACUUGGCCUGGACGAAUCAAGAAUUAGCCAGGAAGAUUCAAGAGGGGAAAAAAUGGUGGUUGCAGAGCAGAGUCUAACAACUGAUGAUCAAAUUUCACCUGUUUUGUUACAUCCAACGAAAGAGAGUAUCAAAACAUGUGAUUUAACAGAGAAGACUUUAAUUGAUUCAGAGGUGACAAAAUAUGAUACAGCCAAAAAAUCUGACGGUGAUAAUUUCCCUCCUUCUGAAUUGGCGAGUGUCAAUACAGAUUUGAAAAUUAACCCUGAGAACCAAAGAACUGAAACAUACCCUGGAUUUUCUGGUCACCCAGUUAUUGAAGGAAAAGCCAAAGAGUCAAUAGUAACCACUGAACACAGAUCGACAUGUGAUGAUCAGGGUACCCUUGCACUGGCACAUUCAAGGGAAGAGGGCAAUGGAACCUGUGGUAUUACAGAAAAGCUUCUGAAUGAUACAAAGGCAAUAAAUCAUUCUACCUCAGAACUGUGUGUGGUAAAUAAUGACUCUGCACCAACAGUUACGGAUAUUGACACAAAAAAGAAUGUCAUGGAAAGAGGUGUUUUGACAUCUGGUUUCUCAGCACACCCAGUUUCUAGUGCAUAUCCUGGUCGGAGUUCACAUGAAUCGAUCUCAGGGUAUCCAGUUUCAAGUGUCAAUGGAGGCCGGAACUCACAUGAGUCACUGUGCGAUCCAUUUGAUGACAUUAUUGGGAAUAGUGAUAUGGCUGAAUCAUCCCGCUAUACCUACUCAGGUCCCAUUUCUGGAGCAAUAUCAUACUCUGGACCUAUUCCAUUUUCAGGCAGCAUCUCCCAUCGUUCUGAUAGUAGCACAACGAGCACCCGUUCCUUUGCAUUCCCUAUAUUGGCUCCUGAAUGGAAUAGUAGCCCUGUGAAGAUGAGACAAGCAGAUCCCAGAUAUUACAGGAAGAAACGUGGAUGGCAAUUCCUUUGCUUCUGCGGUGGGUCAACAUCUCCUAAUUAGAUGAGAUUUAAUGCACAAUUUUGUUGCAUUGGUAGACUAUUUUGCCUGGACAGAACUACUGUCACAAAUGACAUCUGUACCAUUUUGAUCACCAUUAAAUUGGAGAUGAAAUGUAAAUACUGCACACUGGAUUGAUAUUCUUACUUAUAGACAGACUACUGAUGGCUUAGAAUUUUGAAGCCAUAUUUUUAGCAUCGGGGCUUCUUUAAUCUGGCUGUUUGUAAUUUUAGUAUGUUGAGAGAUUGAUUUGUUGCAAUGUAAGCGGGGACAUUUAGGCAUAUAUUCUUUUGAACAGAGUUCUACCUGAUGUUCUAAAUGUCCUCAAAAUCAGUUGAAGGGUAGUCAAGUAUAGAUAUUGUAUAUUAUAUGUGAGCUUUGGAUGCCAACCAAAGUGUCUCAAUUAUUCAUAACAGCUUUGUGCAUUAUAUUUUGGCACAACAUUUUUUUUAUAUAUAUGGAGAUACAAGUUUUAUGGCAA